AUGUCGUUCGCACCGGUCGACCCGCCGAAGCUGCGGGACGACAGCAAGAAGCGAGUGGCAUACUUCUACGAUUCAGACGUCGGAAACUAUGCAUAUGUGUCAGGCCAUCCUAUGAAGCCUCACAGAAUACGACUCGCUCAUUCCCUAGUCAUGAAUUACGGCCUCUACAAGAAGAUGGAAAUCUAUCGUGCAAAACCCGCCUCGAAGUACGAGAUGACACAAUUUCACACCGACGAAUACAUUGACUUCCUCGCAAAAGUCACACCUGACAAUAUGGACUCCUAUCAAAAAGAACAACAGAAAUAUAACGUCGGAGACGAUUGUCCCGUGUUUGAUGGACUCUUCGAAUUUUGCGGAAUCAGUGCGGGUGGCAGUAUGGAAGGCGCAGCAAGGUUGAAUCGCCAAAAGGCAGACAUCGCCAUUAACUGGGCUGGCGGUCUGCAUCACGCGAAAAAGAGCGAGGCUAGCGGUUUCUGCUACGUCAACGACAUUGUCUUGGGCAUUCUCGAGCUGCUAAGAUUUCACAAGAGAGUUCUCUACAUCGACAUCGACGUCCACCAUGGCGACGGUGUCGAAGAAGCUUUUUACACUACUGACCGAGUCAUGACCGUUUCUUUCCACAAGUAUGGAGAAUACUUUCCAGGUACUGGCGAGCUUAGGGAUGUCGGAGUGGGCUCGGGCAAAUACUAUGCUGUCAACUUUCCUCUACGCGACGGGAUCGAUGAUGCAUCAUACAAGGGCAUCUUUGAACCUGUCAUUCGGGGCACUAUGGAGUUUUAUCAACCUUCUGCUGUAGUACUACAAUGCGGUGGCGACUCUCUUUCUGGAGAUCGACUUGGCUGCUUCAACCUCAGUAUGAGAGGCCACGCCAACUGUGUCCGGUUUGUGAAAUCCUUCAAUCUCCCGACACUCAUUGUCGGAGGUGGCGGUUAUACCAUGCGCAAUGUUGCAAGAACCUGGGCAUUUGAAACAGGUACCUUGGUCGGUGAAAAUAUGGAGGCCAAUCUCCCAUACAACGACUAUUACGAGUACUAUGCUCCUGACUACGAACUUGAUGUACGACCGUCAAACAUGGAGAACGCCAAUUCUCGAGAGUAUCUGGAGAAGAUCCUGAUACAAGUAUUGGAGAACAUGAAAAGGACUGCCCAUGCACCGUCGGUGCAAAUGACCGACGUACCAAGAGAAUCUCUGGGCAUGAAUGACGACGAAGAAGCAGCACUUGAUGACAUGGACGAAGACGAAAACCCUGAUAAGCGCAUAACCCAACACAAGGCAGAUAAGUACGUUGAGAAGAACGGCGAGCUGUCCGACAGUGAUGACGAAGAUAUGACUGGCGUGAAUGGCCACAUGUCCAGCCGUAAAAUACGCGCAACACGAAAUUAUCGCCACAUCCUAGAUGUUGGCGGCAAUGACUCAGGAGUCGAGACGGGGAGCGCAUCGGGUACACCACAGCAGGGUUCCAGUAUCACUGACGAUGCAGAUGAGAUGAAUGUUGAUGAGCUCGAAGACCAACCCGCACAGAGUUCAACCAGCCACAACCUCGCCACAGAGGCGAACGGUUCUGCCGCAGUUUCUGGUCAAGAGUCUCCUGGUCGAGCUCCAGCUCCAGCGGAGUUGGAUGGAGACAUCGAGAUGGGAGAGGCGGAGACAGACGCUGAGGUUCCAGCUACGAAUACGAAUGCCCCCGACUCGCUACCGGUCGAGGAGGAGUCCACCAUUACGGUCCAACAACAGCAAACGCCACCGGAAUCGCCGCCAACACCGCAACAAGACGAGUCCACGCCUCUCACCACCACCGAGACGUCUACACAGGCUCCUCAACCCGUUGCUCCGACUGAAGGGCAGACCACAAGCCCCGCCGUAGCGCCAGCAGCGAUCACAGAGGCAGAAGCCCCAGCCGCAACGGUAGAGGAAACGGCGGUCAAGGAAGAAGUCAUCGGAGAUGAUGAAGUAGCCAAGGCGCAGGAAGAAGGACGAAAGGAAAGGGAGACGGCGAAUGCUGAAGGCCAGGCUCGGGCAGAGGCUGCAAAGGCUGAGGAAUAG